GUACAGUUCGCAGGACGCAGGAAAGUUUCCUGCAGACAAAUGUUUGCCGCUUUUCUUCUCCACCGCGACCGAGUCCGCUUAGAAACUCCCCAAAACUGAGCCGCAGGUGCACAGCGGGCUACGCACACUCCGACCGAGCACAAGGGCACCGAAGAAGCUCUUCGCUGAGUAACAGAGGAAGAGAGGAGGAAGGGAGAGAGAGUGUGUGUGUGUGAGAGAGAGAGACUGAGAUAGAGAUCCUAUCUCACUCUCCCAGUUGAGAUUUUCAGCGGAUCGCGUCCAGCGUCUCGCAACUGCAGGACAAUGUCUAGUAAAGCGACUUUAGCACUAUUCAUCUAUGGAAUCAUAAUGCAUUACAGCGUCAACAGCUCACCUGUGGGGCUUAGCUUUCCCAGUCUUAGACUUGACGGCGAUGUUUAUGAUGAGGACGGCAAUUCCUUACCGUCCCUGGAUUACGACAGAGAUCAAAUUGAGGCGAGGAGCGCUCCGUCUGUCGCUGACGACGUCUACACUUUGUACUACCCUCCGGAAAAAAGAACGGAAAGACAUGCAGACGGCAUGUUUAAUAAAGCCUACAGGAAAGCGCUGGGUCAGUUAUCAGCAAGGAAAUACCUUCAUUCUCUGAUGGCAAAACGUGUAGGCGGGGGGAAAAUGUUGGAUGACAGCUCAGAGCCCCUCUCCAAGCGACACUCAGAUGGGAUCUUCACAGACAGCUACAGCCGCUACAGAAAGCAAAUGGCAGUCAAGAAAUACCUGGCGGCGGUCCUUGGGAAAAGCCUUGAAGACAUAGGUUUUCACCAUAUCCUACAAGAAAUAGACUUUGAUGCCCUCCCGGACGGGGAUGAGUUUGAGGCUUUUUUGGGAGAAUGGCUGAAACAGUUCUCUCCCGAAAUCCCGGUGAGUUUCAGGCUCUUUCCUGAGGCUGUGUCCUUGCAAGGGGCUUCUUACGCCCCUCCUUUUUUCCCCUCCUCACCUUCAGCUCUCGUUUCAAACACUCAAAACUCAACCUCUUCUUCCACCUCAUCUGUGCUCCUGUCUCUCUAGACUCUCACAGAUUUUUGCUUUUAAUUAACCCAUCUAUCCACAAAAAAAGUGUGGAGACAUGAAAAAAAAGUAAUUUUAGUUGGCUGGAAAAAAUGCCAGUUUUGUUAAAGUAAAUUUGAGAGGCUUGUCAAAAUAAAAGCCUCCAAAUCUGAGAUGAAGACCAGAGUACUUUUGAGGUUUUUCUUGCCCUUUUUCUUCCUUGGUGUUUACAAAGUGAGCACGCACACAUACACACGCACACACACACACACACACACACACACACACGCACACACACACACACACACACACACACCUUUGACUCGUGUAAAGUGCCAAUCUUGUGUUUUCUGGAUUCUGUGUUUUGGAAACCUCUUAUUCUGCUAAAGGUUUUCUCACGCCUCUCUGCCCAUUUAAUAAGUAUCACUAACAUCUCAAGCACCAUCAGGCAAAUUUAAAAGAAAAAAAAAAGAAACGAUACUUGUUACAUGGUAACUUAUUCAUCAGUUUGUUCUUUGUGAGAGACAUAACAAGGCAGUUUGAAGCUUUGUGUUUGAACCUUCUGGGUCUAUUGUGCUUCCAUUCUCUGUCAUGUGAACCGAUGUAAAAACUACAGUAGAUUGCAUGAUUAAAGUAAUUGCACUAGCCACCGCAUCUGUGCAGACGACUCCAACUAGAUGGUUUUGCUUGCUUUCUGACUACUACAAACAUACACGCCUUUCAUUUCUGGAUGUUGUUUUGUGUUCUGUUCUCUUCACAUUUUCCCUCACAUUUCUACACAAAGCUGUAUGUCCUCUCUGAAUGCACUGGCGAGAGUUUCCCAAUCUAAUGUCAUACUUUAUGGGUUUGUUACUUAGGCAAGGGAGAUUUUUGUAAUCUACUGUUGAAUUGUGUGCGAGAAAAAAUAACUGGAUGAUUCAUUUUCUAGUAUCUUUAUACGGCAAAAGCCACAAUGAUUGAUUAUAUUAAAAAAAAGAGAGUGAGGAUAUGAUGUAAGCAGGGUUAGAAACACACAAAGAGAACUGAAGUAAGGGAAGCAGGGGUGGGUCAAAUGACAAAGAACAUGCUGAUUUUGAAAGGGAUCAGGGCAAGUUUAUACAACCAGCACGGUUAGACCAAAAACUCAAAGUCUUAGUGGUCCCCCGCCGCCCCUACAAUCUGCACACUUCUUACCAAAUGUGUUAGGAAGGAAUAACAGCAGGGUAAACG